AUGGGGACGGGGACGCGGCGGGAGGGGCGGGGCGGGGGGAGCGCAGAGCUUCAAAAAAUGAGUCAGGCUGGUGAAGAUUCCAGUUCUAGUGACACAGAAUUGGAAAUCAAGGAGGAGCAACCCAUCUGUGCACUAGCUCCAACUGUUUAUGCCCAAGAUGAGGGAUCAACUGAUGUAACAGCGAGUCCUGCAUUUCAGUGCUUAGAUGAGCUAUUUUCUGCUGGAAAACUCUCAGGCUCCAAAGUAGCUGAGCUGAAGGCAAAGUACACCCUGCUGCAUGAGACUGUGAUAAGCUUACAGAAAUCUGAGAUCCAGCUAUUGCAGGAAGCCAAACGUCUUAGUGAAAACCUGGAACAACAGCAACAUGAACUGGAAAAAGCAGAACAGUUCCCUGAAGAAUCUUCCAGUGAAGUUUGCCGAAUAAGACAACAACUUCUUAGUUGCCAAAAUGAAUACAAUGCUAUUAAAGAAAGAGAGUAUGAAAUUCAGUUUAGAGUGAAAUGUUUGCAAGAAGAGAAAACACUUCUGGAAAAAGAAUAUGAAAGAAUUCCAAAACAAAGUGAAGCAGAUAAGAGAAUUAAAAAGUUGAAAGAAAAUUGUGACGAGCUCAGCAAAGAAGUAAUUCAAAGAAAAGCAGAAGUUAAUGCAAUGAAGGAAGACAUUUUAUCCAAGCAAAACCUGAUGUUAAUAGACAAGAAAGAAGUGGAAAAGCUUCUAGAGAACCAGGAUAAUUUAAAAGAUGAGCUAGUUAAGAUCCUUGGUGUUCCAGCACAACUUGGAAAAGAAACUGAGAAGAUAAAAUGGAAAAAAAUUGAUGCAGAGAAGAAGAAAGAAACCCUUAAUAACCAAAUACAGGAGUUAAACAAUACUCUAAAAGCCACUGAAAAAAGGAUGGAAGAGAUUUUGCAAGAAAGAGAAGAUGUAAUGAAGGAAUUGGACGGAAAACAAGCUUUGCUAGAAAGCAAAAAACAAGAAUGUGUUGCUCUGACAAGAUUGUUAGAAAUUGGCAGAGAGAAGGAAUCAGCAAUCCUAGCAGACAGAGAACUUCUGGAAUAUAAUUUAAAAAAAUGUAUUUUGGAGAAAAAACAAAAACAUGAUACUCUCAUUCACAAGCAAACACUGAAAGAUAGAGAACUGAGAAAAUUAAAGAAGAUGGAGUUACAGCUGAAUGUGAUUAAUGAGUCUUUGGAACAAGAUAAAUCACAGCACAAGGAGACUCAAAACAGAGAAGCUAUCCCUAAAAGUAAUGAAGUACUAUUAGAAAGAAGACGAGAACUGCAGAAGGAGAUUGAAAUGAACAAGAGAAGUUUAGCUGAACAGGAAAUGAUAUCAGAUACGGAUGCCCGCACAUUAGACGAAUGUAUCACUGAAGAGAGACAGCUUUUCAAAGAGCAGGAAAAAUACAGGAAUGAGUUAUCCAGACUUGCACAUCUGACAUUGCUCAAAGUUGAAGAGAAGGAGCAAAAAUGUAGGGAAGUUCAGAAAGCCCAGAUACAACUCCAAAAUAGUCUUAAAGAAAUAAAAAGAAAGGAUCUUGAAAUAGAAGUGUAUAAAAAGACAAAAAGAAAAAUCCAAAAACAACUCAAAGGAUUUACUAAAAUAUGUGAUGUAAUCCAAAACGAAAGGAAUAAAUGUAUAAAUUUGGCACAUAUUGCUCAGCAGAAAGUAACUGAACUUAGAAACCGGGUAAAAUUGAUAGAAAAUAAAAUAGAAACUUUAAGGAAUACUGUGAUAACCAAAGAAAGAAUACUGCAGAGACAAUAUCUGAAGAAUACAAGUAAUGUAGCAAUUAAAGACAGUCUCAAAACUGAUUACUCCAAACUUGAACAAGUCAUGGAUGAGAUGAAAGAAAAGAAAAAGCAACAGCUUCUGGAUCUUGACAGACUUACCAAUAUUAUCUCCCGCAUUGAAGAGGAAAUUGUGCAGCUACGCAAAAAAUACGAAAGGGCUAUUCAGCAAAAAAAUGAGAGUGGUCUUCUGCUCAAAAGUCGAGAAGAAGAGGUAUGCAUUUUGUAUGAAAAAAUAAACAUGCAAGAGAUAUUGUGUAGAAAUGGAGAUAUUGAGAUGCAAGCUAUGGAUGAAAAGAUCAGUUUUCUGAAGAUGAAGGUAGCUGAGAAGAAGAGACAGAUUGAAUUUUUGUUUAAAGCACUACCAACGAAGAAAGCCCUGGAUGCAGAUUUGGUGGUACUUCAGAUACAGUAUUCCCAGUGCAAGGACAGGAUUAAACAGAUGGAGGCAAUCCUUGCUGACCCUACGAAUGAGAGCAGAAAGCGAGACUUGGGAGGGACGGACCCAUCGCCACCCGAACUGCGAAAGAAGAUUGAACAGAUAGAGGUAGAGCUGGUGCAGAAAGAGGAGAGGCUGCUGGAGAUGGAUUUCCUCUAUGACCACGUUUCCCGGCUAACAGCCAGGAUCCGCACCACAGCAGGGAGCAGGCAGCAGGACACGCUGCUCUUAGCCACAAGGAUAAGUGAAUUACAGAAGAAGAUUAAAGACAGAACCCAGAAGAUGAUGGCUCUUGUUGCAGAGUUAUCCAUGAAGCAAGCCCUUGCCAUUAAACUCCAGCAGGAAAUGAGAGACAAAGAACAAUUUUUGAUGACUGUUUCAGCAAGGAUAGACCAAGGCCUUCCUCCGCCCAAGGAGACAGAAAUUGAAUGGUUGAAGAUUUUACGCAAUGAGAAGGUGUAUAAAGAAGCAGCUGAAGCCAGAGCUAGACAGGCUGCAGAAGAGGAACAAGCUGCAGUGCCUGGCUGUGUCCACACAACAGCAGAACAGCGCCCAACUGCCUACAUCCCGAACGAUGAAUACAGCCUCCCAUUGCCACGGCCCUACGGUGCCCUGGCUCCUUUCAAGCCAAGUGAACCUGGUUCAAAUAUGAGACACUUCAGAAAACCAAUUGUAAAGCCAAUUGAAAUCUGAAAAGACAGCAUCCGGAGCAGGAGAGGCCAUUACCAAUGGUUGAAUCUCACAAAUCAACAGCAUUUACACUACAUUGAAGGAAUGUCCCUUAGUGUUUAGCCAAAUUCCAUACUACAAAGUAGUACUUAGUGCCAGAAGCAUGGCUAGACAGUCAGGGAUACAAGUUCCUUCCUUAUGGCUAGGAGGAGCCUGGUAUGCCAAAUGUAGUGCAGUAUUUUAAAAUGUUAAGAAAAAUAACCAAUUAUCACAAUACUUUAGUUUCCAGGUGAAAUUUUAUUGCAUCUGACUAUUUCUUAUAGUACAUUUCAUUAAAAAAGCCUAGAAAGUCUUCCCUGGUUAUUAAUAUCACAUGAACAAAGCUCCCACAUCUUAUACAAACACACUAUCAGAGCUUUCUGCAGUCUGGGAUUGACAGAAAAAAAUAAUUGUUUUGAUAAAAGUAUUCCUUCCCUCCAUGCAGUUACUGAGAAAGCUGUAACAUUUCUCCAGUAAUGGCAACAAGGGAAUGACCAUAAACUUGCUGAGACACAAGUGUGUACUGAACCCUUCUGAGAACUGGAUCUUUUCAUUCAACUGGUAAGGAAUAGUGAAGUGGAAACUGCCCAGAGUAUGUAUCAGAGGAUGUAGUGAAAACCUCCAAAAUCUAUUGAAUUGUCAAUGCAUUUCACUAGUUCAACAGUCUGAAACUGUGAUCCAGUUGUUUUUCAGUCCAAUGCAGACUGCAGAAAUCCCACAUGUGGGAAUUGAAGAUUUUCCCUGCAUACCAAACCACUAUUACUCCUUGAAAUUAAUGUCACAGUUCAAAACUAAAACAAAACAACAAAAAAAGACAACCCAAACCUGGGUCAGUUAUGUAUAAAAAAAUUUGAAGAAGAGGAGAAAACCUCCAUCAGUUCUUUUUGAAGCUGAGGUUUGAACUGUAACACCAAAAGUUAGAAGGAAAGAAUCACAUAGAAUUCUGUCCAAGCUGCUGUGAAGGAAAGUUUCCGACAAGUUUUUUUCUUGUCCUGUAUUACAUUUAAUAUAUUAUAUAUAUCUUAAAAAAAACAACAACAAAC